AUGAACAAUAGUGAUGAUAAACGAAUCUUUACGUGGUUUGAAGGCGAAACAUCAUCGAAUGAUCUCUACAGUGGACGACUGCAUCUGAUAACCAAUAAUGAGGAAUAUGGUAAAGCCAGUGCAAAUUUAACAUCAAUUCGUGAAUCGGAUCAGGGUUGGUAUCACUGCCAAAUUGUUUUUCCCAAUCGUACACCGAGUAUACGUAAUAAUGGAACGUGGUAUCAUCUUUCAGUGCAAGGUGGUUCUCUAAUAAAAAUACCCCCAGUGAAUCAGACAAUUAUGGAAGGACAGACGGCAUUCUUUCAUUGUGUCAUGAAAUAUCCCAAUUCAUCGGAGACAUCAUGGUACAAGGAUGGCGUUAUUUUACAAGAGAUACCCGAUUUGAUGCGUCGCUCUCGUCUCAGUCCCCAGGGUAGCCUGAGUAUUGAUCCGACAAUGAUGAGCGAUAAUGGCGAAUAUGAAUGUUCGGUACGAAGUAAUGAUGAUGAAAUCCAAACAGCGAAGGCAUAUCUAAAUAUACAGUAUAAGGCCAAAGUGAUUUAUGCACCACCUGAGGUUUAUUUGCCGUAUGGUCAGCCGGCUGUACUUGAUUGUCAUUUUCGCGCUAAUCCACCGCUGAAGAAUCUAAGAUGGGAAAAAGAUGGCCUACUCUUCGAUUCAUAUAAUGUGCCUGGAGUCUUCUAUAAAAUGAAUGGCAGUUUGUUCUUUUCCAAAGUAGAUGAAUCACAUGCUGGCAGUUAUACGUGCACGCCAUACAAUGAUCUGGGCACGGACGGGCCAUCUCCUGUCAUUAAUGUAAUUGUUUUGCGACCACCAAUAUUCACAAUAACACCAAAAGCAAUUUACAUACAAAAAUUAGGCGAAUCGGUACACAUGACAUGCCAGGCCAUCGAUCGAGAUGGCAGUAAUCAUCCAUCAAUUGAUUGGAAAAGGGUAAGCGUGGAUUUAUUAAAGAAGAUUUUUUCAACGGGGUCAACAUUGACUGGCCUUACUGAGGCAGAUCGUGGUAUUUACGAGUGUGUGGCAACCAAUGAGGCAGCUACAAUAACAGCCGAAACGGAAUUGAUGAUCGAGAAUAUUGCACCCAGGCCACCUUAUAAUUUGACAGCUAAUAGUACGGAGACUUCGAUAACCAUAAGAUGGCAACCAGGAUAUUUGCGGCCCAACCUCGAAUACACGGUCUGGUAUCGUUUGGCGGAUGCCCAGGAAUGGCGUACAAUGCGUAUCAUCCAAAAGAAUGUCAUGGAAGCCACCAUUCCACAUUUGCUACCGGGUCGCGAAUAUGAAUUUAUGGUAUUGAGUCAGGAUAAAUACGGCGAUGGCAUGUUCAGUAAACAAUUUCGAUAUCCUACACAACGUAAGUCGGGUUCGGAUUCUGAUGUGGUCGUCACCAGCUAG